GUCCACAAAAAGGACUACGUGUGAUGACAGACUCACUUCCCGCCAGGACUGCAGUUGAUCAGACAGAGAACUCUCGAAGACAACGACAAAGAUGGGUUGCAUCACAGACACCGUGGCCAAGACGUUCUUAAUUUCUUUCAACGUCGUAGUGGCGGGGGCAGGCUUGAUCGUACUUUCUCUGGCAUCCGUCAUUGAUAGCACGCUGUCACGCUACGGCCAUGACAUUCCCCAAGAACCUCAUGACGUCUGCAUUGGUCUGAUAUCCGCCUCCACCUUCAUCGUCUGUCUGGGCGCUUUUGGGGUGGUCAUCUCUUGCUGCUGCGGCAACAAGCUCUUCCUCUACACUUACUUCGUGCUCGGCGUGAUUCUUGUGGUCAUCACGCUGGUGUUCGCUGGCAUGGGCGCCGCCAACAUCAACAACGAGAAAUACAAAAAUGACAUCAGAGCGCAAAUGCAAAAUGACACUGAAAACUACAACUUUGAAAAACAAGGAGAAUAUGAAGCUUCGAUUGACCAGAUAUAUCAACUGAACCUAUGCUGCGGUGUCGAUUAUUACAACAUCUCUUAUCCAGACGGAGAGCUACCAGCUGGAUGCUGUAAAAUAUAUGUCCCAGGGAAAGUUUGCACAGCAGAUCGAGAAAACAUUUACACCCAAGGCUGCUGGGUCAUGUUUUCUAGUGUAGUCAGCGACAUGGCUGUAGCUACUGUGAACUUCGCCAUCUUUUUCGGUGUCCUGCUGUUCGCGCUGCUGACGUCGACGUGUCUGUGCGUCAAUUAUACCAACUGACCUCGACGAGUCUGUGCGUCAAGUGUACCAACUGACCUCGACGUGUCUGCGUCAAGUGUACCAACUGACGUCGACGUGUCUGUGCGUCAAGUGUACCAAUUAACUGACCUCGACGUGUCUGCGUCAAGUGUACCGAUGCUAUGCCCAUCAGAGCGCGCCCCGCUGCUUCUGAAACAAUGUCUCAGUGACUGCAGUUAAUAAAAUUACCGUAAAUACAUAUUUAACGGUCUAGGUUAACCGUCUAGCGAAUACAUAUUUAGGAUGAAAUUAGAUUACAAAUAGAUUGGAGAUUUUGCUGUGAUUCUUGCGCCUCUAUCCAUUAUGAUAUAAAACUGUA